CUCCCGCGCGUCUCGAUCCCUUCCUCGCAUCGACCGUUGUGUCGACCGGGCGAGGCCGUUGAAUUCCUGGCGCAAAGCUGGGAAGCGGGCAUGGUUGGCGAGUUUCGGCGCACAGCUGUUUGAAUGCAACCCUUGAACCCCUUCCUAGCCGCCUUCUUCAAGCCUGGCAGUUCCAUCGUUGCCCAGUGCACCCCGGUCCACCAUUACGUCCUCCUAGUCCCGACCACCGAGUUCCUCCUUACCUCCCGCGAGACCGAAAGCGGCCUAUCCGUACCAGAUACCAUCGGAUCCGAAGAGUUCCUGGGAAGCCAUGUGCUGCGCAUUCCCAGUCCGGCCUCGGCUGCGGGAGGGAAGGAUAGCGUCGGGAACCUGCGUGAGCAGAAGGGCAAAGCCAGGCAAUACUCAACACUGAAUGGGCGCAGUGUUGUCAUCAAGGACUCCUUUAUCUUCACCAAUAAGGGAUUCAAGACGCUCGCCCAAACCCAGUUACUAGCCGAUUCCGUAUGGUAUGCCGAUAACAUCGAACCGCGGCAAUGGCUUAUAUACUAUAUAUUACGGCCUAUGGUCGGCGUCUGGGAAGAGAUAGAAAUUCCGCGUGCCAUUUUUACCGAGGGGAUGGCAAAGAGGAAGCUCGAGGAAGCCAAACGCGCCGCAGCCGUCGAGAAUGGCGAGCCGAGUCUACCCCGGAAAAAGGAGAUCAAGAGCUUCCAUGACCUUUUAAACAACUUCCCGAUGAUCGCGCGGCAGAUGCAGCCUGGCUUGGAGAAGCUCUUUAGAGAAUUCACCACUGUGUUUGAGAGACCUUUGCCACCGCCGCCGUCUGCGAUGCAUAUCCCCGAUCCCCUGCCAGAUGGCCCCAUCGCUACCGCCAUGAAAAGGGUUCGAUCGAACAGCCUAUCUACCCGGCGAACUAGCCUAGAAAGCCAAGGUAGUAUUCGUGCCACCGAUAGUUUCUAUGCUGAAGAGGACGACGAUAUAAUGAGAGUGUCCCUGGAGACGGCCGUCACCAAUGCCAUUGAUCUGUUCCAGGGCGUCGACAAGCAACAGCUUUCCAUGCUUGGCGCGACGACUGAGCUUACUGGGCCGGUCGUUGAGCGACUCAUCGAACGCUAUGUGACCGAGAAUGUCCAUAAUCUCAUCUGGCCUCGGCUGGCUGCCAUGCGACGACCCGAGGACUUGGAGCUCGAAGCAAAAAUAAGACAGAUGGAGUUUAUCGACAUCUCGCAAUUGGGCAUCUUCAUCGAAGGCGGCCCGAGAGGAAAGCACGCGCUCAUUGUACGGCUUGGGUAUGCGGUCGAGGAGUUCCGCAGGAUGAGCUCGUCGAUGUCUCCCCAGGAAAUGUUGGAAAUUUUGCUGUCGACAAUCAAGGCUACCACCCAGCUAGCCGAGCAGCCCAGGGCUAAUACGAAUUCUACCCCCACGUCCGAAAAGCCCAACCUCACUAUCAACGCAGACACCUUGGUAUCAUUGCUGCUCUAUGUCGUGAUUCGAGCUGGUGUCAAGCACCUCCAAGCUCGACUGCUUUACAUAAAGCACUUCGUCUUCAUCGACGACGUCGAUAGCGGCGAGUUAGGCUACGCUCUCAGCACGUUCGAAGCCGUACUCUCGUACCUCUCCACGGAUUCCAGCAGUCUGAGGAGGGCGAGCCGCCGCAAUAAGAAAUUAUGGGAUUCCGCUUCUAAAGGCGACAUCGAGGAGCUCAAGAGGAUGAUGGACCAGGAUGCGGAUGCGAUUGACGAAGAAGACGGUGAACAUGUCGGAUCCCCGAUAUCAGGCCACGCGUCGUCGAUGAGUUCGAGCGUAAUUGGUGGUUCUUCGAGACGAUCUUCGAUGACGUUUUCAGCAUCUGAGCCUUAUUCACAAGGUUCAGGAUUGAGCCACGUCUUUCCGUUCCAGAACCAAGUAGCGAACGACAUCCCGAUGACUCUAGCGAAGAAAGCGAAGAGAGUUGCUAUGGAUACUAGGAGUAUGUCAAGCGGUUCUGAAUAUUCGUAUCACUCCCGAACUGGGAGUUUCGGCACGCUUGGGAGCGGUCUCGAAGGCGACACAUCGAUCGAACGGUUAUGUCAGACUCAGGAUUCCUCGGGGGAAUCCAUACCCAUGAUGGCCGUCCAAAAUGGGCGACCGGAGGUGCUGAGGUACUUGCUCUCGCUCCAGUACUAUUUCCCUGCCAGCACCGUUCUGGACGACUGCAACAAUGAAGGUACCAGUCUAUUAAGCGCUGCUGUCCAGCUGGGCCAUACCGAACUAAUUACUAUCAUCCUCGACUUCGUCACCGCCUCGAUACCGGAGUCGCACUUGCGGGCCUACCUGUCUUCUCAGGACAAUCGCGGUCGCAGUGUUGCGCACUACUUGUUCCACGCGCCAUUCCUAAUCGCGCGCAUAGGGAGAUGGCUCCCCUGGCGGCAAAAAGACAAGAAUGGGCAGACGCCGCUGUUCGCGCUCUGCCGAUCGUACGACCACCAGAGCUAUCACGACAUGGUCGAAGCUGGCCUCGAAGCGGCGACCGAUGCCCAGGGCGAUGGCCAACCACUGCACUUGGAUGCUCACGUAGAUUCGAAGGGGAACACGCUCCUGCACAUCCUCAACGACCACCAGCUGGCGAUCAAGAUUCUCAUGCAGUGUGACAUCGAUGUCAACGCCACAAACGACAAGAAGUUCACAGCACUGAUGGUGGCAAGUAAAUACGGCCGCUUCGACAUGGUCAGGGCGUUAUACUUGGACCCGAGAGUAGACGUGGCGGCUAAGGAGCAGCGCGGGCUUACAGCUGUAGAGCUCGCGAAGGAUGACGACGUCCGCAACCGGAUUGACGACCUGGCGCUCUUCACCAUGCAUCCUGCCGACGACGGGCGGAUCACUGGCGUUGUGAGAUCGUUCUUCGUCGAGGACGCUACUAUCCGGCUAGUUCUAAAGUCGGGCGCGCCCGCGGACCGCGAUAGUUAUACGGUGACCACGUGCCGGCGCUCACUCGCCGACUUCGAGCGUCUGGCUAAUCUCUUGUCUAUCGAGAACCCAGCAUCUUGGAUACCAAAAGUCGUAAGCCAGCGGUCGCCGUUCCAGAUUCCGUCGCGGCCUUCCCGGGCUGUCCUCAGGGACAUCCAAAUACGGACCGACUGGUUCCUCAAGAUACUACUGGCUCACCCUACCUUUGCGACGCACGAAAUGCUGUGGGAGUUCUUCCUAGUGCCCGACCUACAGGCGGAUAUGAUGGAGCAGCGUAGCCGCCUGAAGGCAGAGACGAGAGCGGAGAAGGUUAGAGACGAGUUGGAGCCUCUAGAAGAUAUCCGCGAAGUUGACCAGUUUGUCGACCACGCCCGAGACAUGGUCCGCAGUGUCAACCAUUCGACUAAGAGUGUCGCACGGCGGGCUAACGCUAUCGGCGUCGUCGCCAACGAUUUCUACGACGCAGCAAGUCUACUAUCGCGAGGCGUGGCGAGCCUCGCUUUCCUCCCACGCAGUCACGUGUCUGCGUUUGAAGCUUACGUCCAUACCCUUCUCCCUCCGCAAUCUAGCGCCUCGUACAUAUUCCAUAAUUCGUAUCUAGCUCUCCAGUCCAGUAUCCAGGCCAUGCUCGCGUCCCUAACCCGGCCGCCUCAGCUCAUCGCCGAUAUCAUAACUGCUCGCAAGGCUAUGGAACGGAACUACAACUCGGUCUCCCGCUCGACGAGAUGGCCGCUCGGCCUCCUCGACGAGACGCGUCAGCGGCUCAACGAGGAGAAGGAGGAGAAGGCAAGACGCGCCCAAAUCGAGGUGGAUACGUUAAGCAAAGAGCUGCGGUACACGCAACAGACGGUGGCUGGAGAGUUAGCGGGGUGGCAAGAGAUGCAUGAACGCAUGGGCUGGAGAGCCAUCAAGGAUUUCGCCAAGGGAAUGCUUAUCCAGGAGCGCGAGCGGUUGCAGGGCCUCCGUAGAGCUCAGCGGAUGCUGCAGGAGCUAGAUGCGGGGCUCGGAAUUGGACCCCAAGACCCGGGUAACUAUGCCGGCGAGGUCGCGAUGAUAGAAAACGACGUCGUCGGGGAUCAUGGAAAUGGUGGCGAGUCUAGCGCCAUGGGCGAGGCGUUUGUGUGAUAGCAUAGACAGAACACCGGAUAUGUGCUCUCUCGUCGGCGAGAUGGCUAUCUCUAGGCAGCGCAAUACGGGCUGUUGAAUCGAGAGCCAGAACGAGGCGCAACCUCUCAUCGCCACAGCACGGGUAUCAAC